GCGGGCUCCAGGGUGCCGGGCUCAGCCUGCGGCCUGAGACCCAGGCCGCCCCUCGGGAGCUGGGAGGGGUCUGGAAUGAGAAGCAGAGCCGAGGGGGCCACCCUCGCUUUUGGCCCACCGCGGAGGUUGCGGCCCCUCAUAACUUAGCAGGCUUCUCGGCGCAAGCCUGCCCUCGGCAUAGCUACAUCGGGCCUAAUAUGGCCGCUUGUGCCGGGACCUCCCCCGUGCGCAGAGAACCGGGCCGAGGUCCGGAGCCAGGGACUGCUUCCGGCAUUCCUCGCGGGCGUGGCGUGGGCUUCCGUCCCCUUACUCCUGGUCCCGCGAGAGGGAGACUCUAGGCCUUUCAGGUAGCAUGGCCCGGGGCCUGAUUGAAGUGGAGCGAAAGUUCGUUCCGGGGCCCGGCACAGAGGAGCGGCUGCAGGAGUUGGGGGGUACCCUGGAACAUCGAGUCACUUUCCGAGACAGCUACUAUGACACCCCUGAGCUGAGCCUCAUGCGAGCUGAUUACUGGCUGCGACAGCGAGAAGGCAGUGGAUGGGAGCUCAAAUGUCCCGGAGCGGCAAGUGUCUCAGGACCCCAUACUGAGUACACGGAACUCACAGCUGAGCCUUCAAUCGUGGUCCAGCUCUGUGAGGUGCUGGGGGCUGGGGUCCCCGGGGCUGGGGUCCCCGGGGCUGGGGGCGUGGCUGCCCUGCUGGGCCCCCUGGGGCUGCAGUUAGUAGCUAGUUUUGUGACUAAGCGCAGUGCCUGGAAACUGGUGCUGUCCGGAGCCGACGGAGAGCAGCGGCUGCUCAGGGUGGACCUGGAUACAGCUGACUUUGGCUACGCUGUGGGUGAGGUAGAGGCACUGGUGCAGAAGGAGACUGAAGUCCCAGCUGCCCUGGAGAAGAUCCACCACCUCAGCAGCCUGCUUGGUGUGCUGGCCCAGGAGAGGGCACCUGCCAAGCUGAUUGUGUACCUGCAGCGCUUCCGGCCCCAGGACUAUCAGCGCCUGCUAGAAGUGUACGGGUCCAAAGUGAAGCCUUAGGGGACUGGAGAUCCGGACAGGACACGGGGCUAGGGUGUCACUUCGCCGAUGCAGAAGAGAGCUCUGGGGCUGAGGAGCUUCACUCCUGGGCUCACCGUGCCUCUUCCCUUCUGGCUCCCCUUCCCACAGAGACUCCUCUCGCUCCGGCUUUGUCUGUUCCUUCACCCUACCCUCCGCUAUCCUUCCUGGAGCCUUCCCUGGCUGCCUCCUCUCCCUCAUCCGUCAGAUGCAAUCUGUGGGCCGCCCCUCUCCCCUGGCCGCUAAGCAGCCUCCAUUGAUUUCCGCUCGUGUUUAUAGGAUUUCCACUUAGCCGUGAUCAGUAGUUAAGCACAGGAAAAUCCCUUGCCACCCCCCUCCCUUGGUCGAUGCCAUUGAUUCUGCCAGCGGCUCCUAAACUGCCUUACAGCUGAGUUAGAGAGGAGGGGAGGCAGCAGGGAUUUCCCUGCCCCGGGCUACAGGGAACAGCAGCAGCUUGGGGAAGCCAGUGAGGAUUCCUGUGAGAGAUCUAGAACUUCUGGUUUGUGCCCUGCUCUGACCUAGAGGGUAAGGUGCCUCCUAUGGAAGUUCAGGGGCUCAUCUGCUCCCCAGCCAGAAAGGGGGUGGAAGGAAAACAACCUUCCUUUGCUGAAAUCAGUUCCAAAGGCUUAGGGCAAGAUACCUACUUCCUGUGUAAGAAGGCUCUUCCCUGGCUGUUAUUCACAUACGCUUUCUACCUCAAAUAUGGCUUUGCUCCCUUGGGCUUUAUUGGGCUUUCAUCAUUUGUGGGGUUCCCCCCACCCGAGUUUCUGCAGCAGCAAGCACAGGACCAGAGUGCCACCUGCUGGUCACCCUCAGAUAUGGCUCCAAGUAGCUGGGGCUCCCGAUCUGGGGACACGGGAGGAUUUCAGGUUCUGAGUGGAGGCUGAGUUACUGCCAUGUCUCCACAGGCAAGUUGUUCACCUCAAAAAUUUCCUGUACCGACUGGCCAAAGUGGUCGUAGGUGAGGCGCAACUUCAGCCGCAAGGGGGCCUAGGAAUAGGAGAGCGAAGACCAGGGUAAGCACAGAUGACUCCUCCCUGCCCUAGGUCUCAGCCUCGAGGGGCUCCUGGAGCUCACCUUGUUAGGAUUGAGGAUUCUGAGCAGCUGGGUCAUCGGAAGGCCACCCUGGGCUGGAACAGUGUCUCCACUGGGGGCCUGUAGCUGCAGCUGGAAACUCUGAAGAUAGGAGGUUGGACAGAGCACACAGUAAGGCUGGCUCAGGCAACCACUCCACACCCAAUAGUUUUAAACCCUCUUCCCGCAACUCCCCAAGUGCCUGUCUCUGCAGUCCCUCCCUUCUCAUCUCAUCCUCCCGCCACCCCUACCACCUCCUCUCCUUAGUGGCUUUUUCUCCUGGAGUAUCCAGGCUACCUCUGAGUCCUGGUCUUCUACAAACCUUGGGCACAGCCGCCUGGCAGAUGAAGUGGGUGACGUCACCCCCUGAGGUGUUGGUGGCAGUGACAGUGAUUAACAGCAAAGUAGGAGUUCCAGGGGGUCGAACAAAAGAAAGAGUCAGCUGAAGUCCUUCACGCUCAAAUACUUUGAGAUUUGGGAUGGGAGCUACAGUAGGGAGAGAAAAGGGACUCGGUAUAUGGGCUGAAGACAACAGUUCAUUCAUUCAUGCAAGAACAAUUAAAUGAGCACCCACUGGGUGCAGGGAACUGCUCCAGAUGCUAAUGACUGAGUGGACAAGAAGAUGAGGUCCCCAGUGAAGCUCACAGCUUAGGGGAGAGAAACAAUAAACAAGAAAACAAUCACAGUCUGUAA